GAGACCCCAUAUAGAUUUAAAAAGCGAGACGGAUUCGGUGUGUAUGACAGUCAGUGAGUGCAAAGCAUCGGGAGAACAUCUGUCCGUCUGUAGCCCGUCUGUCUCCAACGCGCGUCUCCACUUUUUCUAGGGAUGCUACAGUUACCGCAGCUCCGCCAGAGCGUGAUCGCGCUUCUCAUAUGGUUCGCGCACUUGAUGGAACAGCAGAAAGUACAAGCUGGGAACUGCUGGCUUCAGCAGGGCAAGAAUGGGAGAUGCCAGGUUCUCUACAUGUCUGGGAUGAGUCGGGAAGACUGUUGUAGAAGUGGUCGUUUGGGCACAGCGUGGACCGAGGAGGAUGUACCCAAUAACACGCUCUUCCGGUGGCUGAUCUUCAAUGGCGGUGCACCGAAUUGCAUCCCUUGUAAAGAGACUUGUGAUAAUGUGGACUGUGGUCCUGGAAAGAGGUGCAAAAUGAACAAGCGGAAUAAGCCUCGCUGCGUAUGUGCCCCAGACUGCUCCAAUGUCACCUUUAAAGGGCCAGUGUGUGGCUCUGAUGGGAAAACAUACCGGAACGAAUGUGCCCUUCUUAGGGCUAAGUGCAAGAGACACCCUGACCUGACUGCGCAGUACCAGGGAAAAUGCAAAAAAUCAUGCGAUGAUGUGCAAUGUCCUGGAAACUUGAAGUGUGUACUGGACCAGACCAACAACGCCUACUGUGUGACCUGCAACCGACUUUGCCCCGAGGUGACCUCACCGGAGCAGUACCUGUGUGGGAACGACGGGAUUGUGUACCCCAGCGCCUGCCAUAUCCGAAGGGCCACGUGCAUCAUGGGAUGGUCCAUUGGAGUCGCCUACGAGGGGAAAUGCAUAGACGCCAGGUCCUGUGAAGAUAUCAAAUGCCGGGAGGGACGGAAGUGUCUUUGGGACAAGCAGACGGGACGGGGACGCUGCGUGGUGUGCGAGGAGACCUGUCCCGAGAGUCGUCCGGGCGACAGCGUCUGCGCCGGCGACAACGCCACUUACCCGAGCGAGUGCGCCAUGAGGCAGGCCGCCUGCUCUUUGGGUCUUGUCCUGGAAGUCAAACACUCGGGCUCCUGCAACUCUCUCUCUGAAGAGACGGAUGAAGAGGAGGAUGAUGAAGAUGACACGGAUUAUAGCCAUGAAUCUCUGUUACUGACUGGAUAAACCACCGUCAACAGCAGGACUCCAUUUGAGCACAGAGUCGUGUUCAUGUUGUACAGACGCGGACUCUUAUUUAUUUUCCACAGCCACGUGGAAGAUGCUUAUUGUUGUAGAUGUUUAUUUAUACUUGGUUUUUUUUUUUGUGCCUUUUUUAUUUAUACAUUUAUAGUCCAAAUAAAUGAUCUCUCUCGUCUUUC